ACAUGAGAGCUGACAAAUACAACAAGAGUACACAAUGUUAUCUUGCAUGAUGAGGAAGAGGAGGAAGAGGAAGAGGAAGAGCAGGAGAAAGAUGGAAAAGGGGGAGGAGGAGGAGGAGGAGGAGUAGGAGGAGUAGGAGGAGGAGGAGUAGAAGUAGGAGGAGGAGGAGGAGGAGGAGGAGGAGUCUGUUUGUUGACAUCGGACGAAAACGAGAAUCAGAUGAGUGAAGAGAGGGGAGAAUAACUGAAUCUCUCUCCGGCAUCCAGGCCCGCAGCCCCGGUUACAGCUCAGGUAGACCCGGUCCUGCUGCUCCGUGACCUCUGACCCCGCUGACUGCUGCUCCGUGACCUCUGACCCCGCUGGUUGCUGUUUGGAGCCUCACAGGGAGCUAAGCUAGCGCUAGCCCGGUUAGCUAACACCAAAGCAGGGAAAGUCAUCGUUAGCAUCAAGCUAACACAGACGCUGAAUGCACCGCUGACACAGAGUCGGCAAGUUAAAGCUAAACUUAGAAUAACAAGUGUUACUGUGAGGUAUUUUGAGUUCCUGUGAGUGAGCAGGCUGACAUUUGAUGCCUGUUAGCAUUGAGCUAUGUAGCGUUCGUGUUGUUGAAGUAUAUUAUCCUACAGAGCAGCUAGCUAGCAGGCUAACUCAGGAGCUGUGUCUGCCUCAGGGUUCACAGCUCUGUGCUUCACUUACAAACGACACAACUCAAAGACAAGACCAGGCCUCCAAGGUCCCCUGCUCUGCCCUGUGUGUGAUCUGAGAAGAAGAGGCAAACAUGGCAGCCAAAGCAGGAGACAACCCCGACAGCCUCAUGACUCUGGCCACAGUGUUCUGCCUGAGGAACCUCAGAAAGACGAUGUGCAACCAGGGCUUCAGGAACAAACUGUGCCUGCGCUCGGACAUCUUCCUCCCCAGCGAGAUCUGCGACAAGCUCGUCAACACAUAUAUGGAGCUGGUGCACACAGACAGUAACUUUGAACCAGAGGAGAGUUUCUUCCAGAUGUUCUCAGACCCUCGCAGCACCAGGCUGACUCGGGUUCAGCUGAGAGAGGACUUUGUUCACGACAGAGAUCUGGAGGCCAUCAGGAAACAGGACCUGAUUGAGCUCCACCUCACCUACUGCAACAGCCUGUCGUCCCGCAGUUUAAAAACUCUGACCAGCUUCAAGGAGACGUUGGUGUCUCUUUGCCUCUUCGGCUGCACUCACAUCUUCUACAGGAAGGGUGGCGCCCCCCUCGCCUGCAACGAGGACACAGAGGACGAGGAAGAGGAGAGCCCGGCCUCCAGACAAGCUUUAGAGACAGACUUUAACUUUCAGGGGUUCAACCGCCUCAGGUUACUCAACUUAGGGGGUCUGCCAGACGAGGUGGAUGCAGAGACGCUCCUCAAACCCCUGAAGUCCCUCACCUCCUUAGAUCUUUCUAAUGUUCAGCUGCUGGGAACGACUUUUCUCACUCAGUGGAAAGACAGGCUGGCAUCUCUUGUUCUCUACAACGUGGACCUGUCAGAGGAGCUGAUCAACACGGUGGUGGAGAUCAAUAAUCUCAGGCACCUCGACAUCUCGCGGGAAAGCAGGCGGAGCUCAAAGUUCAAGAUGACCAGAAAAAUCCUAACGGCCAUCGUCCAGCGGCUGGUCAAUCUUGUGUCUCUGGACAUCUCAGGUCACAUCAUGCUGGACAACUGCACAGUCCCACACUUUGAGGAAGCUAUGGGUCGGCCCAGCACCGAGCCGUGUAAGAGCAGCAUCUAUCCUUUCCAGGAGCUGAAGAGGCCGCUGCAGUUUCUUGGAUUAUACGACACAACCCUCUGUAAUGUGACACACAUACCUGCUUAUAAGGUGACUGGAUCUAAAAACGAGGACCAGGUUCUGAACGCUAUCGAGGCGUACACAGAGUUUCGUCCCGAGCUGGCCCACAGAGCCAUCAAUCAGCUGUUCGACAUUGCCAGGAUACAGCACUGCAGCCAGCUUCUCCGCGCUCUGCAGCUGGUCAUAGCGGCUCUGAAGUGUCAUAAAUACGAUAAGAGCAUCCAGGUGACAGGCAGCGCGGCUCUGUUCUACCUGACCAACACGGAGUACCGCAGUGAUCAGAGCGUGAGGCUGCGCAGAGAGGUCAUACAGGUGGUGCUGAACGGGAUGGAGCAGUACCAAGAGGUCACUGUCCAGAGAAACUGCUGCCUGACUCUGUGUAACUUCAGCAUACCGGAGGAGCUGGAGUUCCAGUACAGUCGGGUCAACCAGCUGCUACUGAAGAUCCUGGAGCCGGCUCGGCAGGACGAGUCCAUCCAGAGGAUCGCCGUGCACCUCUGCAACGCUCUGGUCUGUCAGGUGGACAACCAUCACAAGGAGGCUGUGGGCAAGAUGGGAUUUGUCAAGACGAUGUUGAAUUUAAUUCAGAAGAAGCUGCUGGACAGAAUGUGUGAUCAGGUGAUGGAGUUUUCUUGGAGCGCUCUGUGGAACAUCACCGACGAGACGCCAGAUAACUGUCAGAUGUUCCUCAACUGUCGGGGCAUGAGCCUCUUCCUGGAGUGUUUACAGGAGUUUCCAGACAAGCAGGAGCUCCAUCGUAACAUGCUGGGGCUGCUGGGAAAUGUUGCUGAGGUGAAAGCUCUAAGGCCACAGCUUCUCACGCCGCAGUUCAUCACCGUGUUCAGUAACCUGCUGGACAGUAAAGCUGAUGGGAUUGAGGUGUCGUACAACGCCUGUGGUGUGCUCUCACACAUCAUGUUCGACGGGCCUGAGGUCUGGUCGAUGGAGGAGCCGAAAAGAGACGCAGUGAUGGACAAGAUGUGGGACGCCAUCCAGAGCUGGGACGUAAGCUCACGACGCAACAUCAACUACAGGUCAUUCGAGCCGAUCCUGCGGCUGCUGCCUCAGGGCAUCUCACCUGUCAGUCAGCACUGGGCCACAUGGGCGCUCUUCAACCUGGUGUCAGUUUACCCGGGCAAGUAUUGUCCCCUGCUGAUUAAAGAAGGAGGAAUCUGUCUUCUGGAGAAAGUUCUGGAGCUGGACAGCUCACAUGCGGAGACCAAGGACAUGGCCAGCAAAGUGAUGGAGCAGUGUGAAAACUUCAAAGAGGACCCGAUGGAGACGAAUCCUGGACAGGAGGUAAACUACGGACAAAGAGGCUGACCCCGCAGGAACCGAGAUCCUCAGCAAACAUCGAGCAAACCAAGCUAAGGCCCCUCCCACUGUCAUCACCACAAGAAGGGUCGAUCGUGUGCAUUAUUCUUACUCCUAUCAUUCUUAUUCUUUAGAGCAGAAUCGUGUCUCUGAUCCUCUUCACAGAAACUUUAAUAUAUGACACAUAGGACUUAAGAUGUGUUGCAUGGUGUUUUGUUGCGAGGAGGCUGCACAGUUAGCACCUCUCCUGCUGGGAUGGGUUUGUGGGGGUGGGUGACUGUUAUCUCUCAGUGUGUGUGUGUGUGCCUGCGUGUGUGUGUGUGUGUGUGUGUGUGUGUGUGUGUGUGUGUGUGUGUGUGUGUGUGCGCGCAUGUGACAAAGAUUUAACAACAGAACAAAAGCAGUCAGGGUGAUGCUGAGCUUCGAUAGCUGUGUAACGUUGAACAAAAUGCCGUGUGGCGUCCUGCACCGCCGUCAGAGGCUCGGCGCCGCCCGCUCGGCUGUCGACACAUGUACAGUGAAUAUUAGCCAUUAUGUGUGUAGUCUGCAGAGAAGCAUCGCACUGAUGUGAGUCAGGAGAGAAGUCUUCCCAGACCUGGAGGCACAAUGAUGGACUUCUUUGUUAAAUAUGUAAAUAUUCUCUGUUUGUCUCAUCCUUUUACUGUGUGUAUGUUUUAUAAUAUAACUGUAAACACUCAUGACUUUACUCUGUAUUUAAAUCUGUUUAGGUCUGACUUACUCACUGUCAACGCUAGGAAUCUAUACACAGGAGAACAUCUGAUCACUGAAAUCAAGUCUGGCAUUCCUGGAAACUCUGUUCCUUAAAGGAGCAUUUCACUUUAGUUCAACCUCGACUCGCUUUUUCAUUAUCUGGCAUUUUACCUGGAAGGUUUACACGUACAUGAGUCCGAAACCAUAGACGGUUUAUAAGGAUGGACGAUGUAACAGCUCCCUGUAAGUGAAACCAAAACAUUUAGAGCUCCCCCUGCUGGUUGACGAGAGGUAGAGGAGGAAUGGUGAGAGGAAACAAACACUUACACAAGAGUCAAUUUUCUAUAUCCGUGAGUCUGCUUCAAACCCACGCCAGAAUCUGUGAGGUUAGAGGAAGGGAAUGGGACUUAAUGGCUCCAACAACCAAUCACGACAGAGCUGAUGCUGGCACAAAAUGUUUUGGCUUCACUUUUCUGUAAUGAGGAGGCGGUCCAUUUUUAUAUCCAGUCAAUGGUCAAAAGACUAAACAGGUUGACUCCCCUGCAAAGAGUCCAGAGUUUAACUCUACAAAAAAAAAAUCUAAAGAGGCACUUUUUUCUGGUGGUGCAUUAAACGUUGCAUUAAAAUGCAAAAUAUCAUGAAUUUCUCGCCAUUGCAACAUUAAAAACACACAAAUUUAAGAGAAUUUUGUGUGAAAGCUUAUCCUUGUUGAGCUUCCCCUGAAAUCCUGAGGUAAUGUCAAAAAUGGUCUCACCAAACCUCAUCAAAAAAACCAACCAUUUAAAAGUUGUUAACUUGUCUUUGACCAGAAGAUUAGAGGUUGUAAGAGCAUCAGUUUAGGGCCCGAAUUUCUGGAAUUAAUUGUCCAACCAAGACAAUUCUCUUCCCUGUGAAAACUGGUGCCUACAUUACCCACAAUGCAAUGGGAUGUACCGCUUCCUGAAGGUGUUUCAAUAUAUGUUGACCCAAGGUUUCUCUAAGUAUGGUUCCACCACAUUCUGUUAAAAAACAGCCAUUUAAAAGGUUGUUUCUCGUCAGAAACCAGAAAAAUUGUGACUUAGUGCCCAAUGAUAUGACAUCAGUUUCCCCAAACACCAACCAAAACGUUUCACAUAACCAUCAUGGACUAACUGCCAGCUGUGAAAUACGAUGCCAGAUAAUCCAAAACCGGAUCCAGAGGAAACCCUUUAUCUUGGCCCUUUAUUUCUACUGUUUGGAAUGGACAUGCUGCUAAGUUACUGCUUCACUUGAACUCUUUUUCUGACGUGAGCAGCUGCGAGGUAACAAACUAACAGCAGAUGAAGCAAUAACUAACGGGAGGAGAGUCAAAAAGCCAAUCUAUGUUUUUGUUUGAGGUUGAAAAACUGUGACGACUGCUCAUUAAGCGAAGUGUGGCUCUUUGAAAUAUCAUAACUGCUCUAGUGACUUAAACUUAAAUCCUACCUGUGAAGAGGCUCAGCUCUCACUCUAACUUAAACAGACUUAAACACUUUUAUUUUGAAACAUCACGGUUUAGUCCCAGACCUCAGUUUGUAGUGUCCCGGUGCAGGUUCUCCUGGAGCGCUCGCCAAGUUUUGUAGUUUUGGUGUUUUUCUGCCUCUGCAUCCGCCUACACCGGUCUGCUUCAUCAUUCAGGCAGCCAAUCAGAGCAAUGCCUCAUUAUCAUGGUGGCCCUUCCCACUUAAAUCACUGCAUGGAUAAUGAGGUUCAUAAAUGAGAGGCUGACAUGUUAACAGCUAAAAAAUAGCGUUAAAUGAGACCUUUAGAGGGAAGUUAUCUAAGAUUUGGGAACAAAAUGGGAUAAAAUAUCCAGAAAAGAGUUAUGCCAGUUUAUAAUCACCAGACGAAAUGAUGAGACGAGUGACUCAGCUAUGUCUAAAUCCCACCAGCUCCAGAUAUGUUUGCUUUCUUGCAGGACUUUGGACUCUGCAGGGAAACAAGCACCAUUAAUUCAUCACGUUAUUUACAUAUUUUAAUUUCUGUUUACCAUCGAGCAGUUUUAUUUUGGUGCUUUUAAUUAAGGACCGUUUUCAGUUGGUGUUUAUUUUAAGAUCAUUUCCCUUUUAAUUUCCCUCUAAUGUGUUUGAAUGAGCAGUCUGAGCAGGGAUUAAACUCUCACGUCACUGAAUGCAGUGCUGAUUAAUAUAACAGAUGGUGUGAUGAUGCAGGAAGCUUUCAUUCACUGUAAUGUCACUUCUAAACCUGGGACUGCCAGAACCUUCAGCUUUGUGCACGUACAGGAAACAUGCAUCACGAUAACUUUAGCUACGUCUCUCCUGAACUAAAAUAUUGCACAGUGGUUUGUAAUGAUGUAGCACACUGGCACCGCCGUGUGUCUCUGUACAGUCUGUCAUUCAGAGUCUACUACAGCUAACGGGGAACUCUUUAACACAAGUCCUAGUUGUAUUUAUUUAAGUGUCUGAAUAACUCGUAGGUACAGAAAGUUCUGGAGUAGCUCUGUUUGAGUUUUUCAGCCUGCAGCGGUGAAACAGGUUGUGAUGAGCCAAAUCACAGUUCUUGUUUUUGUCCCCAACAGGCCCAGGUUGUUAAUCAAAGGGUCUGACUACAUUACAGAAAGGAUCCCUGCGGAGAGGGAUCUUUAUGAGAAAGAGGAAGAUGAUGUUUGGACCAGAAACAGGGCUCUCUGUGACGCCUGACGACAGUUUAAUCUUGCAGAACGAGGGAGUUGCCGGUCUGCUGCUGCGUCCGUUGCAGAGCUUGUCGGGUCAUUUUGGGAGUUUAAUGUUUUUAAAUGGUUCACUGGGAUCAAAUACAGCAUUUGUGUAACACACAUGAACUUUAGACUGAGGCCACAUUGACAUAAAAGGGUCCAGAUUUAAAAAUAACGAGACAUAACUGCUUCAGGGUUAGGGAAAGUGUAAAAAGGCCCAUCCAAGCAGUGAAGCCUUGAAGUGCUGCUGAUUUAGGAUGUCCUCUUACAUGUUAUGUGUCGCACUUUUACCUCGAACAUUAAGUAAUACAUAAAAGCAUUAAUAAAUACACUUUUCCUAACAAAGGUCCGAGACAAAUAAUGCUGCUAGACGGAACUAUCAACAUUUGUAGUAACACUUCCACAAACAUAAGAUCUUACAGAAGGCACGUGAUCAAACGCGACUUCGAAAACAAAGAUGAAGGACAAUCGGUGUCGUCAGUUGACUGUUCCAGCAUGUGCUCUGAUUUACAGAGCACACGCUGGAUAUUUUAUCCCAUUAUGUUUCCAAACACUGCCGUGUUCAUGAGCUGUAAGAGUACACAACAUCGGGCCCGUGACCCUGCUGGCCCGAUGAAGAACAAAUCAAACAUAUCUGAUAUUUACAGUUCCAGGUUUGAGAGGCUGUCAGACUCAGUCAGAAACUGUAAAAUAGUCGUAUUGACAACACAGAGUUGAGGAAUAUUUGUGUAAAUGAGCGGUUAUGACAAGCCCUGAAUCAGGCCACGCCCCCAGGCCCUAAUUCGUGCAGCUAUGCAGCUAUGCAUGUAACCAAAGACGGUCCAAAACAUGAAGUCUUGGUGAUGUCACCCUAUACAUUUCUGAAGAGGCGUUAUGAAGCCCAAAGAUGGCAGCUGCCAUACUGGAAAUGCUGACUGAACUUGACGUUCGGCUAAUUUAGAAACAGGCAGAGGAGGAGAGGAGGUGAUAACCUAGCCAGCGGGUAAACUGCUACAACACACCUGUCAGUCAAAUGAGCCACGCCCCUUUGAAUGCUUAAUUAUGCAUAACUUUACUUUAAUAUAAUCAGAACAGACGAGUUAUGAAAAUAUAAUCACCUCUUCAAACUGUUGUUAUUAUUAGAUCUACUGUAACACUUAAACAUGGGGCUCUAUGGGGAUCUUGGCUUUUACAGCCAGCCUCUAGUGUACACUCCAGGAACUGCGUUGAUUUGUGCUCUGUAUUGGUAAAAAUCCUGUAAUGAUGUCAGACUCUCAAAAUAACAACCUGAGCCAAAACAAGAACUGUUUGAGGACUCACUUUGAUGCAUUGAGGAUGAUGUUGCAGACGUUACAGCCUGAUUCAUCACUGCAGGCUGAAGAGAUCUAUCUGAGUGAUCCCUGAAAGUUUCCUGAAUCUGUGAGUCAUUUAAACCUCAAAUUAUUUUAAAUAGGACCCAAGUUUAAAAUAGCAGAGUCCCCCUUUAGGGAUUACGUUCAUGUGGUGCCUAACGGAUGUUCUCUAAGCUCUCUCAUAUCAUUUGUUUUGGGUUGACCCACUGACGCGACUUCCUGGUUCUCAUGUACAGUUUUUCUUUCUGAUGUAAUUUCUGGGAAUGUGAUUGGUACAGCUCCGUUUCUCCUUCACAGUCACGGUGCAUCGUGUAAUAGGCAGUGAUGGUGUGAGAUUAAAAGCUUUAUUAGAGGCUCACUUGGUGUUCAGAUGUGUGGGUGUGAAGAGGAGUUAUAAAACCUCAUGUGAUCAGAACAAAGCUCUCUGCGUUCUGGAGGCUCGCUCAGUGUUUGAUGAUGAAGAUGAAGGAGUGAGUCUCCGUCAGCUGUUCUUGUUGAUUUAAAGUCAUUGAAUGUUUCAGUUUGUUUUCCAGGAUGGUCCUGGACGUCAGUGACGGCAGAAAGCUGCUGAUGGGCUUUGGUUUUUAUUUAUAAAGGUGUUUGUGCUUCUGGAGAUAUGCUGUCUCGUCACUGAUUUCACCCAUCACUCUACUUUUGUAACUGCUGAUACGUGUAAUCCAAACCGGAAUGAGGAAUAUUUGAUCCACACGUUAUGGAAUUCCAGUUUUCCUGAGCUAAAUAGUACCAGACCGUUAGUGUAAAGAUAUGAAUAAGCAAUAAAGAUGGAGUGGUUUAAAAACAAA